AUGACAUACACAUAUCUCUGCGGGUGUGGCUACUACCCUCACCCUCAAGCAAAGCCAGUCUACCUACCCCGCAUCGGCAUCAAAGCCCACGCAACUAUCCUCUCGUCCGUUUCCAGAACGGUCCUCACCCAGACAUACACAAAUCCAUCUAAGAACCUCCUUAAAGAAGUCUCAUAUACCUUCCCGCUAUACGAUGGCGUCAGCGUAGUAAGCUUCAAGUGCCAGGUCGGCGACCGCACUCUGCACAGCCGCGUGAAGCCGCGCAAGCAAGCCAAGGCGCAAUACGAGGAUGCCGUCUCAAAAGGCGAGUCCGCAGCGCUGAUGGCCCAUUCGCUGAGUGCCUCGGACGUAUUCUCCAUCAAACUAGGGAAUGUCGGGCCUGGAGAGAAGGUUGUAGUAGAGAUUACCCUUGUCGGGGAGCUGAAGCAGGAUACGCAGACUGAUGCGGUGCGAUAUACGCUGCCCAAUUCCAUCGCGCCGCGGUAUGGCCAUCAGGCGGAGGAUAUGACCAUGCCACCGGAGGCAGACGUGCAGGGUAUCUCCAUCACCGUGGAUGUGCAGAUGGAGAGUACGGCUGUUAUCCGAGAGAUCCAGUCGACGAGUCAUUCGCUGAGUGUGGCGCUGGGACGGGUGUCGGCGUCUAGCGAGUCGGACAAGGCGUUCAACCCGGCGCAGGCAUCUGCAAGUGUCAAUCUAAAGGAAGAUCGGACCUCGCUGUCGCGCGACUUUGUCCUCCUUGUCAAGGCAGAUGGACUCGACACGCCCCGGGCGAUGCUGGAGACGCACCCGACUCUCCCUAACCAACGGGCGAUCAUGACGACGCUUGUACCGAAGUUUGGCCUUGAUCCAAUCAAGCCGGAAAUUAUCUUCGUGAUCGAUCGCAGUGGAAGCAUGAUGGAGAAAAUCGACACUCUCAAGUCGGCCCUCAGGGUCUUUCUCAAGAGUCUCCCGGUAGGAGUUUGCUUUAAUAUCUGCUCGUUCGGCAGCUCGUACUCCUUUCUUUGGAAGCAGAGUCUUUUAUACAGUGCCGAGAGUCUCAAGGAAGCUCUGAGCUUUGUCGACGGCGUCCGUGCGGAUAUGGGCGGAACGGAAAUGCAGGGGGCCGUUGAGGCCACGGUCCACAGUCGGAUGAAGGACAAGGAACUGGAGGUCUUGAUAUUGACAGAUGGGCAAAUCUGGAAUCAAGAAUCACUUUUCAAAUUCAUCCGUGAGACGGCCGGUGGCAACAGUGCACGGUUCUUCUCACUAGGGAUCGGCGAUGAGGCGUCGCAUUCGCUCGUCGAGGGGAUUGCGCGGGCAGGGAAUGGCUUCUCGCAGUUGGUCGUGAACUACGAAGAGCUGGACAGGAAGGUGGUGCGCAUGCUCAAGGGAGCGCUGACGCCACAUAUAUCCGACUACAAGCUGGAGCUCGAGUACGACGACGGUGGCGAGGAUUUUGAGGUCGUUCUCCCAGAACGGCCUAAGACCGUGACUGUCGAUGAGACCGAAACAAAGCAGCAGCCGAUUUCUCUCUUUGAUGCAGACUACAAGGAGAACGAGCAGAGGACGGACGAAGAACCCCUGCCGGUCCUCACAGCCCCCCAAACCAUCCAAGCACCAUACCAGAUCCCACCUCUCUACCCCUUCAUCCGGACAACAGCAUACCUCCUGGGUACAGAAACCAUGCACACCCCCAAAGCCCUCAUUUUCCGAGCCACUUCAAAGCAGGGCCCUCUCAUCCUGCGCAUUCCAAUCGACGACAUCGGCACCGGAGAGACAAUCCACCAACUUGCCGCCCGAAAAGCCAUGAUCGAGCUCGAGGAAGGACACGGUUGGCUUGCCGCCGCAACAACCAACGGAAACCCAUUCAAUAAUCUCCAUCCCGGCUCGAAAGAACGCAUCAUCGGUCGCGAAUGCGAGAAACUAGGAACACAGUUCCAAGUAACCGGCAAGCACUGCUCCUUCAUCGCCCUAGAGAGAGACAGCACCUCGGAUCAGAUGAAAGAGAAGGAUGUCGCCGACAUGCCUAUAUUGGAGGCUCUUGGGGAAGAGCUUAGCGAAUCAGUCCCUGUCUUCGCUCGCGCCAGGAACAGGAGGGGAUACAAAGCACAUAGAAAGAUGGUGCCACCGCCACCACCGCCAGCGACCCGUUUCGGUGCCGCCUCCUUCGCUCCUCUUUCAAGGGCAACGGGAGUCCCCCAGUCGUUAUUCGGUGCGCCUGCAGUUGCAACAUUCCUGGAUACGAGAUGGUCGCCGCCGCCUCCACCUCCGGCUCCAGCGAUGGGAUUCACAUUUGAUGCCCUGAUGGAGCCGGCGGUCUGUCCUCCCGCCCUCUUCUCGGAGGAUGAUAUGAUGGAGAUAGAAAGCGCAGACUCCCAUGGCUCGGUCGGCUAUACCCCUGCGCCUCCUACCGUCCCCAGUGAGACUGCCGGAGGGGCAAGCACAGUUCACAGGAUUAUCGCCUUGCAGUCGUUUGAGGGAUACUGGACUUGGUCUGCGGAACUGAUGGAGGUCCUAGGGCUAGAUGAGCGGGAUAUUCAAGCUCGGCUGAUGAAUCUAUUCCAAAAGGACAGCAGUGGUUCGAAUCUGACCGUCAUUGCGACCAUGCUGGCGAUGGCGUACCUGUCCACAAAGUGUGCGGAUGAUCGCUCGGUCUGGGAAUUGGUGUACGACAAGGCCGAGGGGUGGAAGAGACAGAAGCUUGCGGAGAUGGGAGAGUGGGGAAAUAUUCUCAAAGCAAAGGAGAAUGAGAUCAUUGCCUUGGUAUGA